AUGACGGCACGUCUCUUUUAAAAAGCCAUGCCUGCUCUGCCGGGACUGACUCCACUUCUCAUCCUCAAGGCUCCGCGCGCAUUUCAAGAACCCAUGCUCUCCUCGAGCAUCCUCAAGUUUCCUUGGGCGGAAUACUUAGCCCCCUGGGACAGCGGAGAGUAAGUACCACGGGGCUCGGUGGGAAGGCGGGGGUCGAACCCACAGCCCUGCCCCGGCACGAGGCGGCCGGAUGCGUCCCGCUCCCCACCCCCGCUCCCCCUUCUCUCGCAGCCUCCCUGCUUUCCUCCGCGCACACUGAGCCCGACAGCUGUUCAGUCAGGAGGGAAGCAGCUCUGGGGCUCGGAGGGGCUGCUACUGAGGGGAGCCAGGCAGCCCCCCAGCGCCUCGCCUCGCCUGCCCUCCGAGGCCACCUCAGCCCGCUCGACUACCGCGAAACCCGCACGGCGAGGUGACGGGACGUGUCAGGAGACUGCGCAGCGCUGCCGGCACCAACCUAGCACAUAGUCCAGAGAGGGGACCCCGCUGGAAAGCAGCAGCUGCCCGUGCCGGACCGAGGGCCGGGUGCCCGGCAGAACGGCCAAGCGGCCGCCUCCUCCUCCUCCAUCCGGCCCUUUCCUUUGGAAACUCGUCGUUGCCCUGGCACUCUGCUGCUGUUGGGCCGGCCCGCCGGUCGCCAAGGCCGCCAUCUUAGCUUCUGCGCCGUUGACAGGGAAGAGGCGACCGGCGCGGAGGAGGAGCGGCGGGGCGGGUGGAGGGGGGGACGGACGCGCGGCGAGCCAAUGGGGAGGCCGGUUGUUGGCAGGCGCAGUGGCGUCGGCUGGGGGUAGGCGAGGAGGGCUCUCGGUCCCCGCGGCUUCUGGCCCAGGCAGGUGAGUCAAGGGCAGGAAGAGGCAGCUCGCGAGCCUGUCCGCAAGAGGUGUUGUUCGUAACGCUCCGUGAAGGAGGGGAGUGCCAGUCGGGCCUUUCUAGGCAACGGGGACGCUUCUGAGGAAGCUAUUUUUAAAAAAUAAAUAAAUAAAUUUGGAAACGAGAUACAGUAUACUGUACGUCCCUCUUCCUGUUUAGGUGCAGGAAGUGGUGUGACCCUGGGGGAGUGGGGAAAAAUAUUUGCUACUACCUGUGACGAGCGGGCCGGAGCCCUCCUCACCUCAUUCCACCCACCUGGCUCGUUAUGAGAACUUAACUUUCUAAAGUGUUGGUGUUCUGUGCACACUUACACGAAAGUAACGCCCUCCCCUCCUCCAAGGCACCUUGGGGUUGACUGGAGAGUAAGCAUGCAUUGGAUCGUGCCGCAGUGAAGUCGUUUAUUCGAAUUGUUUUCCGUGUGUGUUAGCUUACCAGCUAAUGCUGGUGAGGCCAAUUGGGAAGGUGAGUGGUUGGUGCCUGGCACAGUUAAGACUGUAAUUCGGUGCAAGAGGUUUCUGAGGAUUUCAUUGUACAUGACUCAGAAGGUUCUGGCUACACGGCGGAAAAGCCAGGUUAGCUCUCCAGGAUUAAUGCAGAGUAGCACUCUUAAUCACUUGCUUGACCUUGGCUGUGGAGACCCAUUGGAACUUGUACAUGGAUACCAAUUUAAAUCGCUUUAUAUGGCAGUGAAAUUUUGUGUAUACCUUUCUGUUGUGCAUAUUAGGUUCCCACUUCAUAUUUACCCCGCUGCAGGCCAUGGAGAUGGAAGGGUAGCAAAGGGUGGGAUCCUGGUUCACAGGGUGGGUCAGUAGACCGUUACAAUUUGCCUUGCAGAGCAAUUUGAAGCAUCCUCCAUUUGCAUUUUAACAUAUGCAUUGCCUCUGAACUCUUGAACCUGGACUUGCCUUCAGCUAUAUAUAUCUUCUGUUGAGAUCAGUGCACUAGUGAAAGUGCACAGGGACGGACAAGUAUAGAGCGCUGGCAAAAUGUUGAAAAAUGUUUCAUCCACAGAUGUGACUACUUCAGAAGAUUAUUGGGUCUUUUCUCCCAUCACCAGAUUCUUUAAGAAUACUUGUGUUAAUGUCAUAUCUGGACCCAAAGAUUGGUUUGUUUUUUAUUCUAUCUAGGCCAGUAAGAACUUUUGUCUCUUGCCAUCACUAUUUUCCUCAGUUUCCCUUCCUGAGAACAUUACUUCAGGCACAGGGGUCUGCCCAACAUCUUCCACACUGAAGUCAAUGCAAAGAAUCCCUUCAGUUUCAGUCUCCUUUUUCUCUUUUAGUAUGCCCUUAAUGUUUCAAUAACACACUGUGCAAAUUUUUGCAUCCUUCAGUAUCUGCUUUCAUUUCUUUUGCCACAGUUCAGGUUCCUUUUUAUUCUCAUUUGGAAAAGACUUCUGUUUCCUGACAUGAGCCUUAUUGUCUCUAAUAUCUCCCGUGACACUGCUCAUUAACCAUGCUGGCAUCCUCUUGGCUUUGGUGAGACCUUUCCUGAUCUGUGGUGUACAUUCUAUCUGAGUUAUAAAUAAUUUUUAAAAACCGUAAGCAUCUAUCUGCUAAUGGGUAUGGGCCAAUACAUUCCAAAGUCAGGUUGCAACUAGAUGCAAGCAAGGUCAUUUUAGGGGGUGAAACUUUUUUUUUGUAAAUUUCUUUAGUGAGGGCCUUAAAAAUAUGUUAUUGGGUGUGAGUUAAAAUCUGCUAUUAGUUUUUGAAUGGACAAGAUUUAGCUUGGUAAGUCUGCAUUUAAUGAAGAAGCACAUAAACUUCUUUUGGAAUUUUAGUUUUACCUUCUGAAAAUAUCAGAUAAUGCUAAAUGAUAAUGAUAAUAAUAUUAUAUUAAAGAUAACUGCAAGUACUUGGUAACCAUUUUUUAACAAUUUCUAUGCAAUUUUACGCACAUUUUACUUACCAAGCAAAGCGAAAUUAUAUUAAUUUAACCAAAAUAUAUUUUGAACUCCCAAGUCAUGUUACAACUUAUUAGCACCCAUAAUUUUUGAAAUUUGAAAGUUACAAAAUUUAACAUACCCUAAUGCUAUAAGGUACUUUUUAGCACGAUGAGACAUUUUGUUUCUUUUUUCAUAUGGUGUAAAUAUUAAAAUCUGUAUUUGAUUUUAUAAAAUUCUAUGAUUCUUAUUUUCACAAAGCUAUGCUAAUUUGAAUACUUUCAUCAUUGUUUCUCAUACUGAAGGAGAGAAGAAGAUGAUUUAGUGUAGGGGGUAACACCUGCACUGUCGUCAGUUACAUUGCUAUUUUAAAUAAUCUUCUUAGCGGCACCUGUCCUUUAUACACAAAACCCUCUUUUCUCAUCAGUUCUGGAAUGUAAUAGUAUUGGAUUUUGUUGAUUAAAGUUUUAUAGUCACUAAAUCAGAUUAACUGUUGAGUCAUCUGACAAGGAAAGCUACCAGCCAUGAAAGCUCCCUGAAGUGUCUGUGCUGUGAGCUCAAGCUUCUUGAGAUGUUCUUAGGUAUUUCAAUAGAAUGGGUCAGAGACUACAGGUGCAAAGAUGAUGCCUUCAUUUUCUUAAUCCCUUUACAAACAAAGAGGGGAUAAGCUUGAGAAAUCUAGUACCUUCAGUCCAGAAGCCAACAUUUUGAAAACACAUUGCACCCAGCAAGUUCCAUAACAUGCCACCCAGUCAGAGGCAUUUUGGAAUUUCUUCCCCAAAUGCCUAUGUGAUGCCACUUCUCUUCAAGCAUCUCUACAAAAUCCACCUUUUCUGUUAAGGCUUUGAUGUAACCACUACUUCUCAUGCCUUACUGUAACUGGGCCUGUAACUAACUCUAAGCAUCUUUAAUGGAAACAACUGCCUGUUGCCUUCCCUUCUUGUGUUGUUUCUUGUGUGCAAGCUUCUUGGGGCAGGAACCUGUCCUCUAAAGUGCCAUACAGACAGCUGCUGCUAAAAGAAUAAAAAACCCACCAUGUUCAGUGGAGCUUACUCCCAAGUCAUUGUGCACAUUAUUAGAGGCUGAAAAGUUGUUUCUUAGCUCUUGGAUCCUGACCAUGGUGGUAUUCUGUGGUGCUUCAAACCUGUUGUAUUGUUUUCUUUGUUGCAUGGAUAUAACCCAUCCAAAUUGCAAGCUUGCUCAUGUAGUGAAGUGUUAAGGCUGAAGUUUUGUUUUUUUAAGUCAUAUAAUUUCAUGAAAAAUACAUGGAUUUAUAUAUAUUUUAUAAGUGCCAACUUAAUUAUAGUGGCUGCAUUCCAGAAAGACAGACUGGUGUGUACAAGUAGUGCUAGUCCACAAUUUGCUAUGGAAAAUCAAAGUUCCCUGGGCAAACUUGAUGUCUUCCAUCUCAUUGCUGGGGCUAUGGAUUGCGGCCAUAUUGUACAAACAAUAGAUGGUAUUGUGGAGAUGGGUCUUUCUGGGAACCAUCCCAAGGAAAAACAGAGAGCAUAGAUUAAAAUAAUUAUUGCUGACUUUUAAAAGCUUCCUGAAUAUUAAAAAGGAACACAAAAAAGAAAUGCAUACUAUUAUUUCCAAGGUUUCAAUAAUAUAAUAUAAAUGGUGUAAUCCUAGCUUGGUGCAAAUUAGCUGAAUAUUUAACACGAGGAAUUUAACAUGAGGAAAAUUAGGAAUUUUGGUGCUGGAAAAUUAUUUUCUCAUAAUGAACUAUAUCUUUGUAUGCUAUAGAAUAGAUUGGAUCAAUUCUCGCCUAAGAAAACUUACUUUCUGAUAAACUGCAGAUAAUCUAGUAGCAUCUCAAUGUCUUAACAAUUUAGGCUGCAGUCAUAUAUAGUAUGAGUAAGUAAGUCUCCAUGAAUUCAGUAGGGCUUACUUCUGAGUAGACAUGUACAGAAUUGCACUGUUAGUAUAGCAUGAGCUCUUGUGGGUUAUAUUAGAUGCAUAUGAUUUUCCCGUGUGUUCGGCUCUACCCUUUUUUAUUCCCUCCCAUAUUUUUCAGUUUUUCUCCAGGCUGAAAUGAGCACAGAAAGUGGGCAUUAUAAUUGUUUUACAUUUUUAUGACUUCCAAGAAUCAAACAAAGACAUGUCUCAAGUUGCCAGGUUGUGAAACAGCAUGUACUACUACCAGUACUACUAUUACUGCAAGUGCUUUAGAAGCUUAUUAUCAAGCCUUUUAUUUUAACAUCAGUUGUUACCACGAACACAUGUAAGGUGCACGUUCAUAUGCAUGUGUGUACGGGCACACAAGGAAAUCAGGUGACACUGUGAAGCAGAUCACUAUGAGAUACCAUUCAUGCUUUAUAUUUUCCCCCUCCUUUGGAUGUCUGAACUGACUUUCACUCCCAUAUUAGUGAUAGAUAAUUAAGAGUUGGAGAGCAUGAAUUGCCUGGGGCCACACCAAGAGUCCAUGGCAAAGAUGAGAGUCUCUGAUCUGACAUCAGGUCUCUAGAACUUUUCCCACUGAUACACAUAGUUUCUGUUUCUCUAGCAUCAAAGGACUAUUCAUUAUUGUAACUUCUCAUGGGGUGGGGUAUGUAUGAGUCUCAUAGGUAGCUUUCUGGUAAGAAGAGCUGUACUGAAAAAGCUAUCCACAGAACUGACUUCCCUUUUUCUACAUCAAGAAGUUGGUAGUACUUUAAUGCUAGAAGGCUGACAUAUCCGCUUAGUGGUCUUAUUUACAGUUAAAUGGUAUGAAAUUUUAGUUAAUGAAUUAAAUAAAUAAAUAAAUAAAUAGAAGAGAUGGGAGGGAGAAAGACAUCUAAGGGAGCAAUUUCUUUUGCUCCAAGAAAUUAUAUUUGCUCCAAGAAAUGGUACCAUUUCUUUACCAAGAAAUGGUAAAGUUUACAGCUUAUGUCCUACUUUAAAUUGGAAUGAUGUUCUGUGAGGAAAGUAAAAUGUCAUUUGCAGAAGCUUUGGGUGGUGUUCAACUGUGUUUUACUCAGAGUAGACCCAUUGAAAAUCUUAUGGAUCUACUCUAAGUAAAACAUGGUUGACUACCACCCAUUGAUUUUUACUGUUUAAGGAAAUACUGUGAAUGGAAUCAAUCUGUGUACCAGUUUCAGCAGUGAAAUGUUAAGGUAGCGCUAUGAGUGCCCCAGGCUGCUAUGCUCUUCCGCAGCAGAUAUUACGCAUUGGGGACAUAGUGAGAGUGUUGCUUCCCACAUGUUUCUGGCUUCUGCUGGUUUGCUGACUUUGUCCACUCCUGAACAGGGAUAGUCAGAUGUCAGUUAUUCAUGCUCUAGCGACUACAUGAUUGGUCUACUGCAAUGCACUCUGUGUAGAAGUAUCUGUGAAAAUGAUCCAGAAGCUGAAGCUGGAACAGAACACAGCUGCAAUGUUAUUAAGUGGGGCAGAAAAAUGGGAUUAUAUAGCUGCUCUGGUGACCUGUUAAUCACCAGAACCAACUCAUUGUGUUGACACUAGUAUAUAAAACCUUAAAUGGCUUAGGACCCAAGGACUAAAAGGAACACCCCUCCCAAUAUCUGCCAACCUGAGCUGUGAUUCUUCAGGGAAGUCCUUUCUUUGAGUCCCAUCUAUAGGCAUAGCAUGUUGUACAGGAAUAUGGGUAAAAGCAUUCUGUGUUGUGGUCUUCUGGCUGUGGUACUCUCUCCUGAUGGAGAUGCGGUUGGCACCCUCAUUAGCAGUCUUCUGAUAUCAAGUAAAGACAUAGGCAUACCUUUUGGUUGGACUGUUGAGAGUUAGUAUCCCAAUAGUUUGCUCCUCUUUUGAACUGAUUAUGAUUGUAAUGUGUUUUUAUGUGAUUUUUUUAAAAAAUCACAUAAUGUUUUAUAUUUUUAUUUGACUGUUUCAACUCAGGGAGGAAAAAAUACUGCUGGUUACUCAGUAGCAACAUCUUUUCAAAUAUGGGCAAGUCUUGUAUAAGUUUCCCCCCCCAUAAGGGAUUCUUUGCUUCUGACGAGCAAUACCAAUUUCAGUUUGAAUUCCAACAGAAAUAUCUCACAAUAGUAUUUACACGUUUUAAAAGUCUGUACCAGGAGUCUAAAUUAUAGCAUGCUUUAAUCAUCUUCGAUCUGAGAAGAAUAAAAGUGUUAAACAAUGUUAGAAAUAUCUAAGCUGAAGGAAAUUUGCUUUCUGUUAACACAUGUCAGUGAAACCAAAAGACGUUUUCAUUGUCUGAUGAUCACUUAGAUGAAUUUCGACCAAACAAAUUAUCUCUGAGAAGAAUCCCAUAAACAGUCCUCUAAAUAGUUAUUUUUAUGAAUUACAACCAAUACAGUGAUAGUGUUUUCAAGACCUUGAAAAAUUUAAGAUCCCAGGAUGUAAGGCAUUUCUUCCACCGUGUUUGCUUUACUAAUGCUUGAACUAGCAGCUGAAUGUACUGUGUUAUCUGCCAUUAUUCAAUAAGUUCAGUAUCUUUGAAAAAACAGGCUAUAAAAUUUUACUGCAGGACAGCACAGGUCAUUAUGCAUAUGGGUUUUUCCAAGGUUUAUAGAGUUCUUGCUCAGAUAAUAUUUGUCAUUGGUAGGCAGCACUUCUAAUGUGUACUAUGCAUAUUCAAAACAGAAAAAGGUGUACAUAUUUGAAACAGGAAAACAUACACAGAGCAAAUGGAAGAGAUAAUGCAUGACUUGUACUAGUGCAAAGAUUAAGGAAGCACAUGAACUACAUCAAGGGUGUAGUCCUAAUGAUACCUAACUUGGAAAUAAAUUCCAUUAAAAUGAGUAGUGUUUAUUUAUUUAGAAAUACUUAAUAUCCUGGUGUGGGAUUUGCCUAAGCAGCCCCAUUAGUGGAAGCCCUUCACAAGGACUUCCACUUGCACAAUGGAGUCCCCCCCCUUUCCCCCCUCCCCCUGUGUGCCCCAUUACCAUCGCAAUUGGCUGGGGGGGGGGAGGCAUCACAACAACUCACCCCUUCUUAUUCUGCAGUUAUCCCGGGUGCCACAUUCCAUCCUAAAAUUAUGAGGGCUUUGUGGGGGUGGGUGGGAGGGAAGUAGGCUGUAUGCGAAAUCCUUCUAACCUCUGGAUCCAGCAAGUGUUAAAAUAUAACCUAGGCUAGCUUCCUGUAUUGAGGUCAUAGCCUGUUUGAUGGACAAUUAAGGGAAACAAGGGAAAGGAGCUCUAUGUGAGAUAGCAAAUCGGUGAGGCCACUCCCUCAACUCAUAAUUAGAAGGGCAAAGCCUGAGUUUAGAGUGGAGCUGGUGUGAUGUGACCUGGAAGUAAAGUUGUCAACUGGAGAGAGAGUCAGAGAAAUGUUUGAGAACUGUUUGAAUCCAAGGCUGCGGCUAUGGGAGAAUCAAGACCCUUUAAUGCUAUGAACCCCUCCAUUGUAGACUCUGGUUUUAUAUAUGUGUAAAUGAACCAUGUAUCAUAAAGACAUUACAGUCUCCACUGUACCUCAUUCCAAAGGAAACACAAACCCUGGGUAUGCACAUGGAACCCAUGAAAGAUUAGGGCAGGGAGCCACACUAUUUUAGAGGGAUCUUCAUCCCUAAACGUUCAGUGUGUAUGCAUGCCAAGGGCAUAGCUGUCAACCUUCCCUUUUUUUGCGUGAAAUUCCCUUAUUCCAGUGCUCUUUCCCACUGCUUCCCGCUGCUAUCCCAGAUUGUUAGAUAUCCCGUAGACUGUCCCCGGAACAGGUGAGGCUGCUGAUCCCUUAUUUUCAAAUCUGAAAGCUAUGGCCGAGGGUUACAGAGGAACAGGGGAGACAGGAAAGCCCUUUUCAAUGAACUGAACUCAAUUCCAUGAGUUGAAAGUUUGUUAGGAUCCAGGUCACUAUGUUGAGGAUAAGAAAUUAGUGCUCAAAGUUAACUAUAAGUAAACGUUCCUUUGUUUCGGGUAGCUAAUUGCAUCUAUUUGUUAUAGGGAAAGACACGAGGUGGCAUGGUAAACAGGAGACGAAUAUGCAGUUAUACUGAUUACAUGUACCUUGACAUACUUAACAACAAGUUGCAAGGCUGGUUCUAAACAUUUUGCUACCAAUAAAAGGACAAGAGAGGACCUUAUUCCCCAUUCUGUGUACAGAAGCCAAUUGGACUGACAGUGGAUUUUAUAUAAGUAUACCUGAAGGCAGCCAGCUAUUUAUGGGGGUGUUGCGACUGAAGGGCACAGCCAGAAGGCUCAAUGGAAAAACCAGGGGGGGGGCUGCCUUUACUGACCCCCUCUACCUAAUGAUAGGUCUGACCUUGGUUUCCUGGGACUUGGCUUCCCAGAGACUUGAGUUUUGAAGAGGGAUUUGUAGGAAGUAAUUUACUAUCACUUAGCAAUGUUAUUGUUCAAAACAUAGUUCAUAUCUACUUUCAUUUAACCAAUGACACAAAUUGCAUUUGUGGGUCUUGUGUGCAUCUGACUGAAAAUAAGAAACAUCUGUGAAUCCUGUUUCACUUGCUCAUUAACAUUUUGAAGCAAUGGAAGAGGUCAGUAGUUCUUCAGAAUGGCUUUUCCUUAAAUAUGACCACUGUUUUCUUUAUGACCUCUUGAUAUGCCAGGUCUUAGUCUCAGAAACAAAUAUGGCAACAGUCAAACUCUAUUCUGCUACAUAACUCUGAUUAGUUAUUAGAAGGCUAUCAGUACUUCUGUACAAGGAAACAUAAAUUAUAUGAUAUAAAGAUAGUAUGUAGUCAUAUCAACAGGUACUGCUAUAAACGAAAUGGCAUGGCAGAGACUCAAAACUUUUUUUCCUUUUGUAAAAUUUUAAAUAUGCACAUAUAUACACACUUAUAUGACCAUUCAAAGUUAAAGCUGUAUUGUUGCUUUUAAGUUCAGGCCUUCAAUUUUUUAACAUGAUACUGAUGUAGAAAAAGUUGGUUGUACUUGGCUUGUGAAGGGCUUGAUCCAAACCCCAUUAAAUACAAUAGAAAUAUGACCUCUGACUUCACAAAGCGAUGACUGAGGCUUGUUUGUCUUUGCUAUGCCAGGUUUCCCCCUUCUCUUUUACUUAAAAACAUCAUAUUUAAUAAUGUUUGGUGCUGCCUUUUAUUUUAUUUCAUGCAUUUAAAAAGUGGCCUAAAAGAUAAAAGAUUGUUUCCAAAUACAUUCAGUAUAUCAUUUAUGAGUAGAGCAACACAUUAGCAUUGAGUUCACAAUAGAUCAUAUCGCUUUUAUGCCAUCUUACAAGCUUAGCAGCACAAACAGAAUAAUCAACAUAUUAUUUGGCUGUCAUCUGCUGAACAGAAACCAGAGAUCACAAGGUGGUUUUCCCUAGCUGCAGUGAUGGCCUUUUUUGUUCCAGGCCCCCAUCUGGGAGGGCCAUGGUGUGUUAUCAUAUGGAACGCGAGGUUUUCUGUAAUCUGCUUAGUUGCACUGCAGUUUGAAUCUUCAUUCCAUGUUUGAGUAAUUUAUAAUUUUAAUGAGACCAUGGCUCUUGUGGGCUUUGAAAUAUAUUAAAAGCUCUUUUGUGCAUAUGCUUUUGUUCUUGCUUAAUAGGCUCAGUGUAUUUAAACCUGAUGAUUUUUUAUUCAUGGAUUUAGAUGUCUGGGGAUUAACUUAGACUGAAUAUCAUUGCACUCAUCUAUUCAUGUUUAGAAACUGUGUAUUUGUAUUGCUUAUCCAAAAAUAGAGGAAAAUAUAGCCAUGUGAUUAAAUAUUGAUUUCUCUUAUUUGUCACAUAAAUGCAACAGCCUCAAAUGAGUAUUAAUGGAGUGUUAAUUAUCUAAUGUGGUUCCAUACACUAUUACUCUGGUCAUAUGCAUCCCAGUUUUUGUCUAAGUAGCUAGGUCCAUAGAAAGCAAUGGGGCUUUCUUCCAAAAGUGUAUACAUAGACAUGGGUGUAAGAUAUUUAAAGAUGGUUGGAAAAAUAUGUGUUGACAAUUUAUGUAGAAAAAUUAUGUAGUGUCAUAAGAUGUAUACAAAAUAUAAUAGUUUGGGCAAAUUCUCUGCCUAUUAUUUACAACUUUCAAUAAUUUCUACCCAUCCUUCAUACGGGCAGUACAUAUAAUAUCGGUGUCCUAUUGACUUAAAUGGCAAUAAACUCUACACAUCUAACAAGCAUACAGGUGCAGAGAUGAUCCUGACAUUUAAGCCAUUGGGGAAGCCCUCAUCCUCAUGCAGAAACUUUCUGUGUGAAUUGGAUCUCCUGGGCGCAAAGCAUACCCUGGAAUGGGUUGGAUAUCCCUGAUGGGUUCACUUUCCUUUUGAAGUUUUUUUGAAAAUCAGGGCUGGGGGAGGGGAGUGAGUUUUAGGCUAGGAGUGGAUACUGGGUCCUGAAGUUGUAAAAAGACCUUUUCAGCAGAGAUCUUUGUGGCAGCUGCCUACGAGCAGCCAUUCUCCCUCCCUGCAGAAUGUCCCAGAACAAUGCUAUGUCUUGAUGCACUGUGAUUCCAGUGGACGUUGUGGGGGCAGUCCCUGAUGGAAGUGGUUGUUCCCCUGCCAUACCCUUCUAAUGAGGUUACAUCAUCAUGUACCUUCUUUCCACAUUUGAAGGGUGGCAGGUGGAAAGUGGCUGCCACAGUGAGCUUUUGCAGCAGUAAAAAUGGGAGAGGAAAGGACUUAUUAGAACAUAAGUACCCUCCAACUGGUAACUCCCACCACUCAAAAACCUUAGGUACCCCCUCCUCAGAUUCCAAAAGCCCUUAUGAACCUAGUCUCUUACUUUCAAGGCAAAAGCUGAUGACCAAAAACUUUCAGCUCAACACCAAAAGAAAACACGUAUCUGUGUUGACUGCCCCUACGAAAAUGACCCUUGCAUGCAAAAUGACACCAUGUCUAGCACCUGUACUCCAUGCGCUCAGACAACUUUAGGACUACUAAUUUCCAGAGAAGCGGUAAAUAAUUCUCACUUACAUAUUGAUAGCCAUUAGUUACAGAUGUAUGCCAUGAUACCAGCAAUACAGAAGCAGUUUCAUGAAUAAAGAUUUUGGAAAGCGGAUUGAGGAAGAAUUUUGAAACAAACACGUAGAAGGAAAUCCCUUUCUUCAGCAAACUGGUGAAUGGUUCUGAAGGCUACUUAAAUUUCAGACAUCUUCUGUAAGUUACAUUUCAAGGAAGGCUUGACUUUCUGCUUCUUCCAGUACAGUAUGGACAUAUGGCAACUCAGAUGGUUCUUACACGUCUUCAAAUUUUGCUGUGGUGUGGGAUUGCACAACCUUGUUUAAUUAUUUGCAAUCUUGCAAUAUGUAUUUAGCCUGUUUAUGGCUGAUAUCUUACCAUGCAGAACAUGUAUGAAUGUAUCUUUACAUUUCAAGUAUUAAUCUUAAAAUGUGAAACUGGUGACACAGAUGAGAAUAACAUUUGGCCCCUUCCAUUUUGUAUGUGCAUGGAGCUUGUUUUUCUAAUAAUGAGUUAAAAUCAAUAAAGUAUUGACUUCUUUAUUUUUCCAGAAAAAAAGAUGGAUUGAUAUAUCUCAAAAUUCUACAACUCACAUAAAUGUCAAGGUGCAAUAAGCACAUGUAUAUGUACGUUUCAUUGAUUUCAGUUGGAAUUUAUUAAGAAGAAAGUAGUUACAAUCAGGUACCCUAAGUAAGACAGCACAGAAACAAAAAAUGUUCAUAAUCAGUAAGCUUAUUGAUAAAUUUAUGUGUCCACAGCAAACAUGAUUAAUUAACAGGGAGGAUUUCAGUGUAUAUUAAAUUUAAAAAUAUAUUUGGCUUACUUAGUUGUGUAUUUAAUUGGUUUAAAGAAUAUAUAUGAAUGGCAACAACAUUUUAAAAAUUCUUAUCUUACACUAUUUAUUUCAUGAAUUUGAGAAAGCCUUUGGUUUCAGGAAGAGGAUAAUUCUAUCCAUGUUUCCUGCUUUUAUUAUGCACAAUGUCAAUUGUAAUCCAAGAUUACAGCAAACAAGAUGUUAAUUUCCACACACAGUCCAUGUACAUUUCACUUAGAGAGCUCCAUUGUUUCAGAAGCCAACAGCAAAAAAGAAAUAAUGAUUGUGCUAUCCUCACAGGAGCUGUCAAUAAAAGAUGUAAUAGGGGAUUUAGGAAUCUGGAAAUGGCCAACUAAUUUAUGUGAAUCUAUUUUACUUCAUCUAGAAAGGCAAAGCUCUGUUUCGUCUACACUGCAUAUUGCAGAGCACAGGCUCUUUAUAGAAAACCAGGCGGCUGCAUAUGGAUAGUCCCUUGAUAUCAUUCACUUGCUGUGUAAUCUUAUUAUGCAAAGUUCUAAUCUUCACCUAGAAUGAAUGCCUCUGGGUCAGAAUAUAGUCAUAUCGGGGUUUUUAAGGUCAUGUUUUGUGAUCCUUAGCUUAUUCUUCUAAGUAGGACUGAGAUUUAAAGGGUAUUCCCCAGACACUAGCAGAGAUAGACAGCAGAACCUGCUGCCUUUUUGGAAGACAAGACCAACAUGAGGUCCCUGGUAGGAUUAAACUUGAUUUGUAGCUGUAGGAUUUUUUAACAGAUGUAUUAUUGGACAGGGAAUAGGGGCCACCAGCACAGCGAAAUUAGAUCACGAUUGGCAUUCUCGGGGAGUCUGCUGGCUGCUAAAACAGCAGCUGCAUGUGGAUUUGACUUCUUUCAGGUGAAGCGACUUCCAGUCAUUUGGAAAGGAUGGGAUGAAAAGGAACCUUGGUGAUAAUUUUGAUGUCUGCAAGAUUUAGUACCAGCGUAAUGGGAUUAUCGCUAACACCUUCGCUGCAGAAAAAGCCACCUGGCGCUAUAACUGGCAGCAACUGUGAACUAAUCCUUUCCCAUCUCUUGGAUGUCAUUCAUGAAGCUCACAGCGAUUUCUACCCUGCUAGCUGUGAUUAAUUUUAUAAACAAGGGGUGGGGGUGGAAUCGGGUAAUGAAAAAUGCAAAGAUUCUUGUAUUUAUAUUUCAGAUUUGACUUUGGACUGGAUGAAAAGUAUCAGGUAAAAUGUGUAUUUUAUACCACAAAUCUGAAUAAGUGUCUUCCCACAUCAGUUUAUAUUUCUUGAAUGAAGCCUUGACAGUGAGUUAUCACAUAGUACAUAUCAGUGUCAUGAAUUAGCCAUAAGCAAUUAAGGCUGCACUCCAUAAAGGCCCACACUUGAAAAGAAAUCUGCACACACACAAAUUACCAUGUUGCGUAGGCAUGAUCUAGGGAACCACACAAACUGUUUUUUUCAAGGGAGCACAGAGGUGAUAUACCGUACCUUUUGAACUGUUUUGCAGGUUACGCAAUUUUGUGAACUUCUUUCCACAGUGCACCACACAGAUUUUGGCUGAAGGAAUGUUUAUGCCCAUGGUUGUAGGUAUAUGAAAGUUGGUGGUAUGUAGUUCAAAUAGUACUUUUGUUGCAUAGGUGUCUAUACUUGCCGUGUUUACCUACAGACAAGUGUACUGUGUGACAAAUGGUUAAACAUCUUGAAGUAUUACAUUAAUCUCUUUAUAAUUAAGGCAGUACUGUUUAGGAAAUGUGUGAAGAAUAUUUUUUCAGGGAAAUGCCACUAAUAUACGCCUUCUAAUGUAAAUUUACAAGUACUAUAACUGAAGCACAGUGCUUCAUUAUGCUGGAUCACCACUUUGUUCAAAGACCAGAAACUCUUUGUAGUCUCAGGAGCUUCAGUUAAAAGGUCUGUUAAAACAAUACAAAGUUGUGCACCCCAGAAUAUAUAUAUAUAUUCUGCACAGCUGACUUCCAUCUAUUCGUGUGUAUUACAGCUCAUCCCCCAAAAUAGAUUCUAGUGGCCAGAAGCACUUGACUUAACAGUGUAACUAAUCAGCAUGUCCAAGCACGUGUUUGUCGCUGCUGACCCGGAAGUGGCCUGAAAACGGGGCUGGAGGGGCUGGGUGAGUUGGGUUUGGCUCAUGUGUGCUCUGCCAAUGCGCACAGGGGUCAGGAACGGAACCCCUGCACAAAAUGGUCACCACCUGUACUCUCAUGGGUCAGCGUAGGACCUCUAGAUCCUACCUCUGUAUCCAUUUUCCCUUCUCCUUUCGGUACUGUCCCAUUUCACCUGAUAAAUUUUGACAUGACAAUUUCUCUUCAUCUCUCUCUCCCCCUCUUUCCUUCCAUUGCUCAGCACAUUCUUGGAAAGAUAUAGGAAACCUCUCCCUUUUUAUAUUUGGAGGGCUUUGGAAAGUUACCCGACCUCUCCAUUAUGUUGAAACACUCUCUCUUCUGCUAUUAAAAGCAUGGUAUGGUCAAAACCUAACACUUUGUGAAUGGAACAGUGGGCAGUCUGCCUGCUUUGUAUAUUUAGAGCAUACUGUAUGCUUUAAUGACAUCCUUAGGAGGAGGACUCAGUUUCUGUAAUAAGCAUGGUGUAAUAAGCACUAUAACACUCAGACUAAUUUAAUAUCAAAUGAAAUCAUUUCACAAGAAAUGGCCCAUAUAUAUGAGUAGAAAAUUGGACAAAGAGCCCUCAUGAGAUCUGUGCCAGAGCUUUAACUUCAAUAUUUUCCUUGCAUUACACAUGUUCUUGAGUGUUGGUUUCCAAAAGUUUUCAUAUGAAAUAUUUAUUUUAUGUAGUGCUUACCACCUAACAUUCUUAUGUCUAUGUUUUCUCAUGCUCUCCGCAGGUGUCUGGGCCUUUCUUUCUCUUGUUAUAGUCAUCUUGUGUUUGAACUAGACAACCAAGCAAUUUCUUUCAGGCUCAAAUUGCUCUUUAACCGAGGAGGCCAUUCUAGCAAUUAUUGCGGGAGAGACUUUGUUACUGUAGCUCCUGCCAGAUACUUUGUGGUCAUUAAUUCCCACCUGUCCUAUGACACUGAGUGAUCUGCUGACACUCAAUCUUUCUUUUACUACCUACAAAAAAUGUUUUAAACUCACAGCAUUUUGCCCUCUGACAUCAAGGUUUUACCCAUAGUCUUAUAAUUUCCUGGGUUGAUUAAAGUGCAACACUUUUUCUGUGGCUUCUGCGUAAACUAUGAUUGAAAGCAUAAUUAGUUCAGAAUACAGCUGUUCUCGUUUCAAUUUACGUGUGCCCUUUUGCCCAUAUUCCUGGCGCUGCAUACAUCAAAAAGGAAGAUAAUUUCUUUUAAGGUUUUGCCAAUGGUAUACCUUACAUAUCAACUUUGUGAAUAGCGGGUUCGCAAUUCCAGCAUGUUACUGAAAUAGUUUCUCUGUGCCUGUUACUGUUGAAUAGUGCAUUAGUAGCUUAGAGUAAGACUGCUAAAUCCUUGAUAUACUUAGGUACAGUAUUCUAGAGAUUUCAGCCCAUGGAGGAUAACAGCUUGGAAAGCAGACAAGUAUGGAAAACAAUUAAAAACAACAACAGCCAAGAAGUCAGUUUUGACUAAAGAAAAAACAACCACAAUAAAACCACCAUCUCUAUAGGCUUCUGUUUCUCAUUAUAGUUGAAUUUUUGCGUUUACGGUAAAUAUGAAAGUAAUUUUUCUAUCCCAACACUGGAAUUAGCUGCACAAUCAUUUAAAGCUUUUUCUGUCUGUCUUCUAAAAUUUGAAAGAUCUCCACAAGUGGAUAUAGGGAUACUGGAUAGGUAGAGAGCUAAUUAAUGUUUUUCUCUUGACCACUGUGCUUCUGUUAUUGUGUUAAUGUGUUUUGCCUCAGUUGUCAUCUAAUUUCCAUAUAUAAGUUUUAGAAGUUUCUUCUAUAUUCAAUUGAUGCAUUUGACACCCAGAAAUAAGCACUUUGUCUUCUCAUAGGAACUCAUUAAAUGGAAAUAACACAAGAGAAUCUUGAUAAGUCUUAAUGUGACUGUGAGCCAGCAAUGUGAUGAGGCUACAAAGGAGGCAAAAGCUAUUCCAGUGAUAUGUGAGAACUUCCAGUAGGGUUAGGGAAACAUAUUCUAUAAGAAAUGGGUAAUGUCUAUUUCUCUUCAUGUUUCUGGCACAUAUCUAUUAUAUUGCCUAUUAUCCAAAAUAAUAACAGAAGUAGCUUGCCUUGUGGGGUGGAGCUGCAAUGCUAGCUUCCUGGCAGGUGUGUCACUGUCUCUUACCAAGAGGGAAAGAGCGAGGUGUGAUGUGUGGUGCAGGUGAAGUAGUUGGGUAAAACUAAUACUCCUGUUGUUGCACUUGCACUACAGUGAUCUUCCCUUCAACUCGCCCUCUGCUUCCAGGUCAGCAGUUGCAGCACACCUGCCAGAAAGCUAGUGUUGUGAUUCUGUCCCAUCAGAACCACCUUUGUGUUUUGAAUACAGUGGUACCUUGGUUUAAGAACAGCUUAGUUUAUGAACAACUUGGAUUAAGAACGCUGCAAACCUGGAAGCAGGUGUUUUGGUUUGUGAAUUUUGCCUUGGAAGCAGAACAUGUUCCGCUUUUUGUUGAGUGUGUUCCACUUGUAAAUUGAGUCCCCUGCUGCUAUGGGAAAGCACGCCUUGGUUUAAGAAUGCUUUGGUUUAAGAAUGGGCUUCCAGAACGGUUUAAGUUCGUAAGCCAAGGUACCACUGUAUCUAGACUGGGUCUGGCGGAUACCAUAUUGGGAUGGUACCAGAUUGAGUGCACAUUUGACACCCAUCUUUCAUAAUGAAUGAAACUUAAGGAUAUAUGGGGGAACUAAUAUCAUAACAAUUUACAGAUGGAUGAUCAAUGACCAUAUAAUUCUGUAUGAACAAUUAACCCUCUCAUGAAAGGUUUUCACUGAGUAGGUUGGUUUUUUAUAUAUAUUUUCAAGUCAGAUAUAGUGUAACAUGCUAAAUUCAGCCAUCCUUAUAAUGUUUAAGCGUUUGAUUCUUGUAUAACAAAUCUCAACACCCAGAAACUGAUCAGUAAGAUAUAUCAUUUAUUACCCAAACACAAAUAGCCCAGAUCUCUUUCAAGAAGAAAUAUAAUGAUGAUUUUAAUUUUCCAACAAGAGUGGUCAUAUUUAACAACAUUCCUUCAAAUGAUGUUAUUCACUGAUUGCACGUUUAACUGUUUGCUGUCUGUAUAUUGUAAUUUACUGUUUUAUUGUGAAGUAACCCACCAUGGGACUUUUUGUGAAGGAAUGGUAACAAAUAUGCUUCAUAAAGACAUUUAAAGGGUCUAAAAAAAAUACUUACCAAAUCACAUUUUACUCCAUACAGGUUGAAAUUUACCAUACGGAAUUUACUCUGAUAGUUCUGAUUUAUGUUGGAAAUGCUGGGCUCCAAAAGCAGACUACAUACAACAUUGUCUGGACUUGCCUAAACAAACAAUUCUGGAAUGACGUUAUAGCCAAAAUUCAUCAGUUCACAGUCUACCAGUACCAGCUACCAGAAAACUGCAAAGUAAAUCUUUAUUAUCUAAAACUUGAAUUAAAUCAUGUUAAUUAGUUAUUUUAAUCUCUUAUUCUCAUUGUUUGUGUUACUUGUUUUGUAUCAGUGUUUUGUAAUUCUUUAAUUAUGUGAAAUACGUAAUGAAUGAAAUGAGAGAUUAAGAAGAAAGCCUAAGUGGUAGUUUACAUUUGGAAUGUCUUGCUGGAAGGAUAGUUGUGCUUUUAAGCAAUGAGGACAAGUUGCUUCUGUGAUUUUUUUUCAGCUCCACAUAACCCGCAUUAAAAUUCUUCUUGAACUUUUAACCACAUUAAUCUCCCUGAAAAUUAAUUUGAAUCCUGGUUUGUGAAAUGUAGCAUCUUAUGUUAGUAUAUUUUAUAAAUUCUGUUGAAUGCUUGUACUAUGAUGACAAUUCAUAUCUGGUGUAUUUCCGAUCCCUUAAACUAGGACCAGCUGCACAACCAUAAAACUGCUAUGUUGCAAGAUGUCAUUAGAAAGACUCUUCGACUUCUUGGAUAUACUAUUCAGUAUGGGUGCAUAGCACAUUGUGCCUUUGAAUACAUUGGAGGAAUUGUUGUGGUGAGUUAACAAAGGCUAUCAAAUAAACAAUAAAAUUACCACGUCAAUUUUAAGUUUCUUAGCUUUCACACUCCAGCCUUCUGUUUUAAUAAAGAAGUAUUUGAAGUAUACUCAUCUAGACUUUAUAACUUGAACCUUUAAAUAUUUCUUUAAACUGAGCAGGGAGCUCAUGAUUCUGACCCUGGUGGGUUUUCACCACCUAUUAACAACUUUUUUUAUUUCCCCAGGUUUUAGAUUAGUUUUAGCUAUGGAGUUAGGCAGUUGUGCUCACAGAAUUUGUUGACUGGUUUUAUAGAAUUGCUUUUGCCUAGUUAUUUCAUGUACUGUUUACUUGUAGUACCCCACACUAGGAUUGUUUGAAUGAAGAGUUGGCUAAAAAUAAGUAACUAAAAUAAAUGAUGCUCCUGUAUUUAACUUCAGCCCCCGGAAACUAUUGGUACAUGGCUAUUUUCAUAGGUUUAGGGCUGAGUAAGCAAGAGAACUGAGUCUGACCAAACUGCGGGAGACAGUGGAAGACAGAAGUGCCUGGCGUGCUCUGGUCCAUGGGGUCACGAAGAGUCGGACACGACUAAACAACAAACAACAACAAGCAAGAGAAUGUAACUCAGGAAUUAUUCUCUGGCUCAUUAUUUAAUCUGAGCCAUAGAAGAAUGUGUAGGUUUGUAACGCUUGCCUCUUUGAUCUCCCAAAACUAAUACUAAACUUCACUGACAUCUCAGGUGAGAAUUCAGGGCCCAGUGGAACCAGAAUCUAUAGAGAGAGACAUCAAACUUAUAGAAAUCAAGGGGACAGGUUUACACAUGAAAAUCAGCCUGGUGCACUCCAGAUAUUUGGAGUACAACUCACAUCUGUAUGGCCAUCCAGGCUGGGACUUCUAGGAAGCUGUAGUCCAAAUAUCUGAGGGGCACCAGGUUGGUGAAAGCUGAGCUGUUUUAUAUUUACCAGAUUGGCCUAAAGAUGCUGUAAUUUAUUUAUUUAAAAUACUACAUGUGAUAACAUACUUCUCAAAUAGUAAUUGUCCUCUUUAUUUUUGUUUUUAGUGUUCAGGACCUUCAAUGGAGCCUACAAUUCAAAAUUCUGAUAUUGUGUUUUCUGAGAACCUUAGCCUCCAGUUUUAUAACAUUCAGAAGUAUGUUGCUCCAAUUUUCCAUAGUUCUGUUUGUACAGAUACUUGCUUUCUGAUUAUGCUUAUCUUUAUAAUCAUACUGCUGCUUUUAUUGUUAAUUUUGUAAAUAUUUUUCAUAAACUCUUAAGUUACCUAUUUUAAAUUGGGAGAAUAAAUGGGUAUCAUUUUCUGCCUUCUGGAAACUUUCCUGAUUUGGUAUAUUUUUGCAUUAAUUCAGAGACUGAGAAUUCAUUGUGGAUUAUCUUCGCAGGUUUUCUUUAUAGCCCCCCUACUUUAGGAUUGCUUAUUUUUAGCUUAUCUUGCCCUAUAUUGUAAUGGACAACUAGAGUAUAUCUCCAGGAAGCAAAUUCACAGAGCAAUUCUCUCCAGAAAUGCCAUAAAUGCCAUUUAUUAUGUUAUCCAAAUGCUGCUUUAUUAGUAGUUUAUAGAGCUGUGGAUGUGUACACAGUGCUCAACGGUCAUAUAAAGGGCCAGGCCCUAUGCAUUAAUCCAUAUAUUUGCAAUCUAACACUUAAUUGCUGCUGGAUAACAAUUUGAAAAUAGGUUGUGGUGCAAGGGAGUGGGAAAGCAUAUUGUUAGCCAGUUUGCUGAAUGCUUUAGAAAAUGGGAGGCCAGCCUGUGUUAUGGGUGUUGCGUUGUCACAAGGAGCCAUAGUUUGUAGCACUUGAUGCUGGUCACACACAGGAGAGGCUACAGGAUUGGUUAUGUAUGACAUAAUAGGCGGGACAAUGAUUCUCCAACACUGCACUGCUCCCUGAAUCGGUAGAUAGAAGGCAAUACCACCUCAAAGUGUAGGGGCAGGAUGGAGCCUGCACUAGAAUGGCAUUCCCUAAUAAUUCAGACUUGUCAUUUGGCACAGUGUCCCAAACAGUUGGCAGCACCAAUUUGAAAUGUGUCCAUUGUCAACUUCUUUCUGGAUCCUGACAUUUCCUCACAACCUUUUUCCUCAGAGGUGAUAUCAUCAUUGCGAAAAACCCAAGUGACCCCAAAUCUAACAUAUGUAAAAGAGUAAUUGGCUUGGAAGGAGAUAAAGUCUGUACAAGCAGCCCUUCAGAUUUUCUUAAGACCCACAGUUACGUAAGUAGCAUUGCGUAUCAUUCUUUUUGAGGACACUUGUAAAGCACCUUUUUGUUUGCAUGGCUUUAAAUUUAAUUCAGCAUUUCAGGCAGUAAACGUUCAGUUGCAGUGGGUUGUUUCCACUUCAGCACUUGUACAGUGACAUUCGCUGAAAGGGAAUUUCGCAGUCCCUUUUCCCCACUCCAGCCCACCACACACAUUCACACAUUCCUUGAAGUUCCGUGGGACAAGUUAUAAGAAGGCAUCUCUGCUGAAGAACCAAAACAUGUCAAAGUUAAGCAUAUCCACAUUUCCCAAAGACUGACCAGAUAUUUCUGGGUUGAGCCCAAGAUCUAUUCUUAAGCAUGACCCUUUAGGCAGGGAAUGACAGUUGUAAAGUAGUCAACAACUUUUGGAGAUUGACCUAUGUUAGGUCAACUUUUUAGCACCUGAAUUUAUUGUAACCUCAGAAUGAAUGGAGCAAAAAUCCUGUUUGGUAUAUUAUACAUUCCAUAUAUAAAUAAAAUUCUAGUUCAGCGUGGCAAAUAGGUGCCAUUUUUGAGUAGGUGGUAACCAUGGUUUCUAUUUAAAUAGUUUUCAGUUUUGGCUAUAUUAAAAAAUUUACUACAUGAAUUUAUAUAGCAAGUCCUUUCCUGUGGAAUCCAUUUUAAAAAUUCAGAUUGAAUAAGUUUUGCUCUCAUAAUCUACUUUAUCUUGCUUGAUCCCUGGAGUGAAAAGAAUAAUGUCGUGUUUGACAUGACACCCCUUUGUUAUGGAGAUAAACAUGCAAGGCCCUAAGAAAUGGAGGAGUAUCACUAUUAGUCUCAAAUUCAUUACAGGAUUAGACAGGAUAAGAUGUGCAGUGUUAAUGUGGCAGGGUUAACACUGCUAUAUCAUUCAGUCCCUAAAACUCACAAUGUAUACAGGAUUAACACCAAUAUUGUAUUAAUUCUUUUCCUAUUUAAUUUACUGACAAAAAUACAGUGAUUCCAGUGAAUUCAAUUUUAAAGCAUUAUGUGCUCAUGCUUGUUUGUGAAUUCUGAUGAAACAAUUGAGGAAAGACAAAUGGAAACUGAAGCUCCUUUCUGAAAAUGCAAUGAAUAUAAACUUUAUCUCGUUUUGGCUUAGGAAAUAUGUCACCAUGCCAACAUUAUACAGCUGCACGAGCAGCUUUGUGUUAAGAUAGGACUGGGGGAUUUGAAAUAAAGCAUGACUUUAAAUGUUUCUUGCACUUAAAUGGAAUGGAACACCUUGAAAUUUGAAAAUACUAGGAAAGGUGAGGGACCUAGAACAGCUGUGACAUCACAUUUCACCUUGGAACUAAGGCAAAGCCUCACACAUUUUCUGAAGUCUCCAAUGUAUUUUCCAUUGACUAGAAUAAGAACAUCAACAGCCACAUAAAACUUUCAUAUGUUGGCAUGAGCCUACCAAAUUUGACAGAUAAACGCAGGAGGUUUUGUGCAAGAGGGGCUUUUAAAGUUGUUUUUUUUUUAAAAAAGGAUGCCCUCCCUCAACCUGUGUUUUGUGGCCAAUUUGCUGUGUUCUUUGUUGUGUGUUGUUUGACAAUGUAUGCUGUGUAACACAGAGUUAGAGAAGUGCUUGAUAUAAACUAUAUAACCCUAUAUACUUGUAAAGCCCUCAAUGACCCAGUUUAAUGAUUUGUAACAGCAUUCUAAAACAAACUGUGUUUCAGUUAUUCACUUCAAUUAACAUCAGAAUUAGGGUUUCUUUAGAAAAUGUAUUGACAACAAAACUUGGUCCCCCCCCAUAAUUGUAUUAAGUGCAUUUAUCACAGUUCAAAUUUAGAACUAUAUCAAAUAAUGAAUAUUGUAUUGUUGCAUUUGCCUGUGAUUUAAAAAUGUGCCUGUGUUACAUUCUAUUUACCAUAUGUUCAGUUGGUGCUGUUGCUAUUUACAAACUAAAGAGGCAAGCAGGAAAAUUGUAAUAAACUAGGUUAUAUAUCGCAAGGCACUGAUAUGCUCAGCCCUUGUGUCACUUCAGCAGAAGAAGGGUCUAGUAAUGUCACUUAAUACAGAUAGGACCUGUAAAUAAGGAACCUGCUUUUUGCAAGUCGUAGUGAUAAAAAGCUGAGAUACAACUCCAUUUCUCAGCAACACUCUACUGAUAAUCAAUUACCACACACUGCUAAUGCCCUGACAACAGCUGAUGUGGAGAAAAAUGUUUACUUUGUGCUAAAGUGAAGUUCACUGAGGAGAUGACCUGCCCUGUUCAUCCUGUAGCUAUCUCUAAAACUAACACAGGCUGAAGAUUGAGUGUCUUAAUAUCUGCAAAUCUGAGAACAGGUUUUAUUCAGCUCUUUGUUACAUUCGCCAUUGUAGGCUCCUAGGCUUUAAUAUUCAACAUGUACAGUACAGUAGAUAUCUCCUUAUUCAAUAGGAGUUUCUUUGGAAGCAGUAUUCUUAAGAGGUCUGUGAAGAUUCUGAAGUGAGAAACAGGGCUGCUGUUUUGGGCAUGGAGGUAACUGAGGGUGGUUCUUGUCAGGAAAGAUUACUGCAAAAUCAAAAGAAUAAGCAUUAUUUUUUCAUAAGCCAUUUGUUAAUUGUAUGUUUACCUUGUAGAUAUUGAGACAAGGGAGCACCAGUUCUACAGGUCUCCCCUUCAGCCUGCCUAUAACUUUUUACCAGGCAAUUAUUGUUAUUUUAAAAUCAAUUUUCUUUCAAGUCAUACAUUUCCCAAUACAUAAGAAAAUAAGAAGAGCCCUGCUGGAUCAGACUAUACCUAUACCUAUAGGAAGCCCGCAAACAACUCAUUCAAUGCAUGAUUGAGUUACAAAAGUACAAUCCUUUUCGGUAGGAUGGUGGUAUCUCCAUGUAUCAAAAAGGUGAAAUUGCACUGAGUUUUGCUGCAAUAUUUUAAGUUCUUGUUUUUGUAAUCUGUCCUCACAAAAUGGUUCUCCCCCCACUCCAUCCAAUUUGUCUAUCCAAAUUGGCUUGUGUUAUUUGAUUUCUUUUUGGAAAAUGCUUUCUGAUUACAGCUGGCAACAUGUACACCCUAAAAGAAUAGCCUUAUUUCCAAGCAUGCCUAUGCCAAAUUUGAAUGGUUUGGCUUUCUUAUCCAUUCAGGGGUAAUUGAUUGGGUGCUUCUAUAUGGUGGCAAUUCCUUUUCUCUUUCAUUUACAUAGUAAAAGUACUUCACCCAGGUUCAAAGACUCCAAAUAUUUUUCUUUCCCAGAUCAUCUGCAAGUUUUCUGUAACAUUAUUAAUGUCUUUUAUUACGUUGUUGUGCAUACUUCUUUCUCUUAUAAGGGGGUGCUUAGUCCCUUUUUUAUGCUGUUAAUGUUUCCAUUAAAAUCAGAAUCCUCGUUCAUAACUAUGCAGAGCUAAAAAAAACCAAGGUCAGGUGGGGAAUAUGGAAAAGGAAAAGAUUUUUAAAAAUACAAGCAUGAACUUGGUUAUACAAGUUACGAAGGAUUUUGGAGAGCUGGUAAAAAGAAGAUUAAUGGUUGAAUUAGUCAGUAUGGAAGGGAUAAUGUUAGUAGCUUUAUGGUUGGUGUCCCAAAGGCCUAAUCUGUAAAUAAAAUACAAUGACCACAAAAGAGGUUGCCUAUGCAGAGGUAACAAUAAAAGAAUAAGGAGCUGCUUCAGUGGUAUAUACAGACCUAAAGGAUAGCAGUCUUAAAAGGGAGAGGAGAACAAUACAAUAUACUGUUAAGUAAUAAUUAACAACAUUUGCCUUUAGACAGCAGUGAAAAGUUUCUAUAUUGCUUUAAACCUUCCAUGUAUGGGUCCAAAUAACAUCUAGGCAACAGUCAAUUUUACGGACUAUCCCACCUGGACUCUAAGUUCUAGCUGCAAUUUUGAACACAGUGGAUGGAAGAAAACUAGAUAUUCCACUUUUAGGAUUUUGUUAGCUCAGUUGUGCCAACUGAGUUUACUAGCACAUUCAUAUACUUCCUUAAUCAGCUCUUUCUAAUUAAACACAUACUGCGUGAUAAACACCCUCCAAAAUUAUUAUAAUAUACCAAGAGUAAUAAAUGAGUAAAUGAUUUAUUUAAAAUCAUACUACAUAGAGGAUUAAAGAUGACAAUUCAGGGAAUAGGUUUUGUGAUCAGUGAGCAGAACUUGAGCCAUUAGCAUCUGAGCCAUUAGCUUCUAAGUCCCCCUGAAGUCAUGUGGCUUAUUCCUAGGUAAGUUCACCCUAAAGCUCACUGUACACACACACUACGUAUUGAAAACAUACAUUUACUACAUACUUCACAACAUAAUGCCUCUUAAUGCUACCAGUUUGAUUCUUUUACAGACAAGUGUAAAGACUAACUGAUGUAAUAAAUGCGACAUGGUGGUGGUUUGCUAAAUUUACAUGCAUCUCCAGAGCAAAUGUCAUGUAGAAGUUCUGGGACCAUUUAAAGAGUAAAAUAAAAUAAUCUGUAUUCCAUGUGACCUGAAACAUACAGGAAAAUCUAUUACUUUUGAGGGGUUUUUUUUAAUUAUUACUUUAGUUUGUAUAUAUCUUAAUUAUGUGCAAUUUAACUAAUCAAAUAUAUAAAUUUCAUUAGUAGCCAGUAAAUUUGUUAUUUGAUAUGGCAGACUCUUUUAUCGUGUUUCACUUUAAUCAAGAAAGGUAACACCUGUGGUUUAUUCACAAAAGCUUCUUUUGUCAGAUGAAUACCCACAGGCAAUGAAGCAAUUACAUUUGUUCCUUGUACCACUUCGACCUCCCUAGGAAUAGAUGAGAACUUUUUGGCUUUCAUUCUUUUGUCCAACAGCAUGUCUAGCUUUUGUCAUUGAAGGAAGCCGCUGAAAUGUAAGGUAACAGAGAAACAAAAUAAGAUUCUUUUUAAACUCAGAGCUCUGAUAUCCUUGGUGGUGGAGUCCCUGCAUCCUUCGCGGUGUUAAAAUGCACUGGGCCACCCUUUGAAGAGGAAAGAGCGGUGAACACUUUUUGAAAAAAAACAAUAAUUAGAAAGCAAAUGUUCGAUUUUCCUACUUAAAAUUAAAAUGCUAAGACAUAAAUCAGCAAUAGUUCUUUGUGGAGCUUUGUAAUUUUGGGUAUAUUCAGUAAGUUAGAAUAUAUGCCUAGUUUUUUCCUAGCGUUGUUCCAAGGAGCAGACAACAAAAUACAAAACAUUUGAAGUAUCAAAUUAAAGCAAAAGAAAACAGUAAGAUAGUCACUAAGUGUAUUGGUAGCCACAAAACAUAUUGGUAGUCACUAAAAAUUUCCUAGGAAGGGCAGCAAGUUGUUUUCAGUGACUAAGAUGGUCAGGAAGCCGUGGCAGCUAAGUUGUAAGUCCUUGUCUGUCAUCUUUAGGAUAUGAAAAUUUCUGCAAUGUGUUGCUCCAUGUGUUAACUCGCCCACUUACCAGCUUUGCUUCAGUUUCCAGGAAGGGUAUUGUGGCAGUUGGAAGUAGCCCCAGCAUGGGCUUCCACCACAUGGUACAGAGCUUCUGACAUUACUGGAGCAAAACAGGAGAGGGUACUCCAGGAGUGGGCAGCCUGUGGCCUCCAGAAGUUGUUAAGCCACAACUAUAACUUCAUCCUUGGUCGUUGGUCAUGUUGGCUGGGGCUGACAGGAGUUGAGAGUCCAAAGACACUUGAAAGGCCCAUAGGAUAGUCUCCCCUGCUCUUAGGUUAAUGUCAGAAGAGGUGCACAGGAUAGCCAGUGGCUUUACAUGGCUGGGCUGCUAAUAAAUUAUCAAGUGUGCCCAUCACAUAGUUCUCAUCUCUCCCUAGAGAGGUCAAAGUGUCUCUUACGUGGUCGUAAUCUAGAGAUUAUGUGAUCUUGUACUUACAAAUGGAGCUUUCUUUAGUAGCAGUUCCUAGAUGACUUGGCUGUGCAAGCUUCCAUGCUUUCCCCACCCAACUCUCCCAUCUCUGCCCUGACCUUCGCAUAUAAAAAGUAGGGGCCGCAUUUGGGCAAUCGUAUUGCGGCUUAAUAAUCCAGCCUUGCCAGAGAAAGCAAAGCAAGGUUUGUUGGGCAGCCCUCUAGGCUUCUGUCUGGCCACACCCACCACAGACCACAGCCCUUUUUAGCCCAGCUCUGUGGUCUCCUCAAAUGCUUUUGCCUAGCUGGAAUGGGUCUUUGAAUGUGAUAAUGCCUCUUGUCUGACUGAAGAAAUGGAGGUGAGGGAGGAGUGCGCAGAAACUUCAGACUUUUGUAUGGUUGGAGGAUAGCAUGCUGUGCAAAGUCAGGUGUCACACCAUGCCCACUUUUGCCUUUGCCACCACUUUAAUGCACCCUGUUUGGAAGUUCACCCGUCACAUUCCCCAUCCCUGUUCUGGACCAAGACAUAGAAUCACAGAAUUGUAGAGCUGGAAGGGACCUUGAGGCUCAUCUAGUCUGCAAUUGCAGGAAUCUAAAGCAUCCAUGAUGGUGGUUGUCUGUAUCUUCAUUAUUAAGGAUGGUAUUCAACUAAGGUUUACUCAUUAGACCAGGCAUAGGCAAACUCGGCCUUCCAGAUGUUUUGGGACUACAACUCCCAUCAUCCCUAGCUAACAGGCCCAGUGGUCAGGGAUGAUGGGAGUUGUAGUCCCAAAACAUCUGGAGGGCUGAGUUUGCCUAUGCCUGCAUUAGACCCAUUGGAAUUAAUGAACAUUAUGAAGUUAGGUCCAUUCAUUUCUGUGAGUCUACUCUGUGUAAAACGUAGUUGAAUAUUUACCUAACCAAUUGUUUUUAAGUGCAUUGACUUUGGGCCUGCUUGACCUCAAGGGUCUUACUCAGUGUCUAGGAGACAAAACCUAUUCAAAUAAACAGAUUUCCUGGUUCACACAUUAUCUUCUCAUUGUGGUGAGAGAAUGAGACUGAAACUUGCUUCUGCUCCCAGCUUGAAUAGAAUUCAGGGCCAAAUAUUGUCCGAACAAGCCCUUUGUCAAUUCCAGGUAUGUUAGUGUUGAAGUUAAUAAGGCCACUCUUACUGCCUGGCUGUAGAAAUGUGAUAGAAUAGAGUUAGCUAGUCAUAGAUUAAACAUUAAGAUUAUUACCUUUUCAAAAAGAUUUAAGCAACCCAAAGGCUGGAUCUAAGUGUGAGGAACAUGUUGGCUGUGACAGUUAAAUAAAUUUAGAGUGCAAUCCUAUGACUCUUUACUCAGAAGUAACUGUCUUCAGCAGGGCUUACCUGCUAUUAAGUGUGCUUCUCAAACUAAAAUAUUUAGCUGUUUUAGUAUAUGAAUGUCAAAAUCCUUGCAUGGUGUAUUUUGAGUUUUGUCCUGUAUGUUUUGGAUAAAUGUGUACAAUUCUGAAAUGUUUUCCAGUUACUAAUGCAGUUGUGCUACUGCUUCUCAGUUAUCACAGAGCCAGUUUAAAGCUGGACCUAUGGCAUGCAAUAUAAUAGCUCAUGCACAGUCCAUAUAGACAGUAAAAGGUCUCUGUCAUAUGAUAAGGUCACCAUCAUUAAUUUUCAAAUUAUAAGGAGAGACUUGCCAGUUUGUGAUGGUCAUUAUUGCAAUAUUAUGUGUUGUGGAUCCUGCCUGCACAUAGGCUGAACUGUGAUCUUAAUUAGAACUUUGACAAGCCCUCUCUGAUAAAAUGAUGAGAUUAUUCGUAAUUGAUGUCACAAUCAAUUACCAUUUAGUUCAUCACAAGCUUACUAACAGGUCUAGCCUUAGUGCUGGCCCCAGGAUGUUGAUGAGUGUGUGGCUGCCCUGUUCAUGCUGUUACUGCGACAGCAGGGCAGAUUUUCAGUCAACAUCCUAAUGACCUCUUUUGAAGUCUAUUAAAUUAAUGACCCUGUCACAUUGGCCUAACCUCUUACAUCUUCAUUUGGAAGGUUUUUUUGUGUUACAAACUAGUGUUUUUGGAGCACGUGAAAGAACAGAUACUUCGGGGGGGGGGUCUCUCUCCCAUAUCUAUGUCUGUUUUAAAGAAGUGUAACAUUAUUAAUUCAUUGCAUGUGUGUGCUGAAGGAUAAAAUUAGAUUGUAUUGGUGGGAAAAAAUUGUAUUUUCUUUCCACUAUAUAUUUGUUAUUUAAUUUUGAUCUUUCUCAGGUACCUAAAGGACAUGUUUGGUUAGAAGGUGAUAAUCUCAGGAAUUCUACAGAUUCCAGGUGUUACGGUCCUGUUCCAUAUGGGUUGAUAAAAGGACGCAUUUGCUUGAAGGUAUACUCCUGCAAUCUAAAAUGUGUUAAUUUGACAGUUUUUAUAAGUCUUGAGGCCCUGAACUACCACGAUGAGACAUUUUCAUUAUCUAGUGAAGCACAGGGACCAGGGUGUUAAAAUGUUAUAGGAGAGCAUGAUCUCCUCAAAUGACUACUGCAUUUAAAGAUGCAUAAAGCAUUAGCCAACCGAGUCUGAAACCCACCCAUGUAACAACAAUGCAAACAUAAAAUCUGUUUUACUUUAAGUUGCUGUGCCCCUUUUUAUGGGCGGUAUAUGGAAAUGUAACAUUAGAAAGGAGUUACGUUUCUGUUCUCCAGGCUCUUCUCAAAACACAUCGAAUAUAUAAGAAAUGUUCUAUGCUGCUCAAAAUAUUGACUUGGACCCAACAAGCAAUGCACAAAAUGGGGUGUUCCAAGCUCUAUGUGGCAGAUCCUCCUGAAAAAUUGGAACCAGUUGUCAGGGGACCUUACAGAACUGCAUGUGGCAGGUGUAAGUGGAAUGCCUUUCCACUUCCACAAGCAGACACUUGCAUGACUCCCAAUACAGAUCCUUGAUGGAUCCCACUGCUUUUAAUCGUCCAUUUAUUCCUCUCUUCCCAACUUCUCUUAACCCAGUUAUUGAUUCAUAAGAGGACCCGCACUCUAAUUUCUUGCCAGCUAACUUGACUCAGCAUCCCUAGAUGAAAGACUUUAAUGUUCCUGGAUAUUUUUUUUAAAAAAACAACCUUUUAUCUACUGGAUCAAUAUUUACAUGCUGCCCAGUCUUAAAAUAUUCUAAGCAUAGUUUGUUCUUCUAUUUACUUAAUAACUCUUAUCUUUAAAAAACGCUUUCCAUCAGUUACCUAGAUAAGCUAGGUGAACAUGUUUUGAAUUUGUGUUAGAUCCCCUUUUUUAAAAAUGGUGUUAUGCUGGCAAUCCUCUAAAGCUCCUAUAAGAAGACAAAUCUUAGGGAGGUUUAGAAUUAGCCCUACCGUUAAAGUAGGCACCUGACUUGGGUGUCAUGAAAAGCUAGUAAUAUAUUGCUAUUUUAUUUCUACGCUAGAGUCACUUGUGGUGUUUUUUGCCUUAACUACCAAACAAAACUUUGGACUUGAAUAAUUUUAGAGGAGGAGCCCCAUUUAGUGCUUUGCUUCAGGAAGUAAAAUGUAUUGGGUUGGCCUUCAUAGUACUGUAUUGCAUAUUUUUGUUGGAAGCGCAGCAGCUUUCGAGUUCCUUAACAACUCAUGAGUAUAUUACUAUCUGGAUCAUCAAGUUGUUGUUGUUUUGUUGUUAUUUAUUAAAUUUGUAUGCCGCCCUAUACCCACAGGUCUCAGGCAGUUCACAGGAUAAAAUCAUGAUAUAAAAACACAAAACACAUAAUCAAAAUAUAAACAAAAACAGAUCCCAACACAUUUUAAAAGGACAUUGGAUGUGAAUCAGCCCAAGUCCUGGUUAAAGAGGAACUUUUUGCCUGGCGCCUAAAGGUGUACAGUGAAGGCGCCAGGUGAACUUCCCUGGGGAGAGCAUUCCACAGACAGGGAGCCACUGCAGAGAAGGCCCAUUCUCAUGUUGCCACUCUCCAGAUCUCUCGUGCAGGCAGCACAUGAAGUAGGGCCUCAGAAGAUGAUCUCAGGGUCUGGGUAGGUUCAUAUGGAAAUAGGUGGUCCUUGAGGUAUUGCGGUCCUGAGCCGUUUAAAGCUUUAUAGGUCAAAACCUUUUCAACUGCAUUUUGUUAGUUAGCAUCUCUAGUUACCUCUAUUUGACUAAAUUCCUGCCUCAGCCACACCUCAUAGAAUCAUAGAAUCAUAGAGUUGGAAGAGACCACAAGGGCCAUCGAGUCCAACCCCCUGCCAAGCAGGAAACACCAUCAGAGCACUCCUGACAUAUGGUUGUCAAGCCUCUGCUUAAAGACCUCCAAAGAAGGAGACUCCACCACACUCCUUGGCAGCAAAUUCCACUGUCGAACAGCUCUUACUGUCAGGAAGUUCUUCCUAAUGUUUAGGUGGAAUCUUCUUUCUUGUAGUUUGGAUCCAUUGCUCCGUGUCCGCUUCUCUGGAGCAGCAGAAAACAACCUUUGUGACAUCCUUUUAUAUAUUUGAACAUGGCUAUCAUAUCACCCCUUAACCUCCUCUUCUUCAGGCUAAACAUGCCCAGCUCCCUUAGCCGUUCCUCAUAAGGCAUCGUUUCCAGGCCUUUGACCAUUUUGGUUGCCCUCCUCUGGACACGUUCCAGUUUGUCAGUGUCCUUCUUGAACUGUGGUGCCCAGAACUGGACACAGUACUCCAGGUGAGGUCUGACCAGAGCAGAAUACAGUGGCACUAUUACUUCCCUUGAUCUAGAUGCUAUACUCCUAUUGAUGCAGCCCAGAAUUGCAUUGGCUUUUUUAGCUGCCGCGUCACCUCAACUAACUGUUGGAGGUAGAAUACCUGGCUUUCAGAGGAAUGCCUAUGACCUAAGCCAGGCUUCCUCAAACUCGGCCCUCCAGAUGUUUUUGGCCUACAACUCGCAUGAUCCCUAGCUAGCAGGACCAGUGGUCAAGGAUGAUGGGAAUUGUAGUCUCAAAACAUCUGGAGGGCCGAGUUUGAGGAAGCCUGACCUAAGCACAUCACUUGCAACAUAGGCCAAUCACAUCUGAUACUAAUGAAAAUUAUUCAAAGCCAACUCCUCCAACCUGGAUUGGUGAGACAGAAGUCAUAACUCAGUGCAUCUAUAAUGCAGUUUCCUUGCUUCUGGUACUACGUGACCAUCUUUAAAUGGGGGGAAAAUCUCUUCCAUAUCGCAAUAGUUAUAAGGACCAAAGUUAUGGAUAUACAUAUUGGUAAAAUUCUGCUUUCAGCAGUCACAGUUUAUUCCUCUUUAACACUUGAACUGAGAAAAGGGUGAAAUAAGAGACAAGGAAGAAGCAGAAGAAGAAAAAAGAUGGCUGCUCUAUAUCUUAAGUAAUUUAUUCAUUUUAUUUUUACAGCUCUGGCCUCCGACUGAUUUUGGAUUCCUACGUGCAAGUCCCAACAGUCACAGAAUUUGGAAUGACUAA